CUUAUCAGAUAUUGACACAAUUGACAUCAGAUAUUGAACAGUUUUGUCAGUUUUCAGUGAUCUGUCCGAGCGAUGAGAUUACUCUAGCGUAUAAAUAAUCUCUUCGUAUUAGAAAUUCAUGAUAAUAUUAUAAGUUAAUGCGACUGCAACUAAUUGUUACAUAGAAACACCUUAAUCAAUAUUAAUAUAUAAGAUCUUGAAAAAAAUUGGGAUGGCAUUCCUAAUAUUAUUAUUAAUCAGCAGGCUAAUAUUUUGCGACGCAUCAAGUCUUCAUACAGCGAACAACUUUUUGGUAAAAGAUUCCAACAUUAAAAAACAUCAUAUACUAGAUGACAAAAUACCAGAACGCAAUGUCUCUAACAUCACUAAUUAUUAUUUAUCAAACGAUAUAAUACCGGAUCACUAUGUUAUCAGUCUAUCUCUAACAAAUAUGAAAAAUUACAAAAUAAUUUCUAUCUCUGGGAUGAUCAGUAUCAAUUUUAGGAUCAUUCAUCCGACAAAAACUAUAGAUUUCCAUGCACAAAAACCUUAUAUAAAAAUUCGUAAUUACAUAUUUUUUCAACGACAUAAUUCACGCAACGAGUAUGUGACGAUUGAUCUAGUGGAAAAAUCAUACAAUCCUUUGUCUCAUAUUUUCGUUCUAUAUUUCGCUGAAGAACUAUCACAAGGACAUUAUACUCUGAAAAUGGAGUUCGACUGUAAUGUAGAUGACAAGAUGGAAAGCUUCUUCCAAACAACGUACAUAAACAAUACAGAAAAAAAGUGGAUGGCCGCUACACGUUUUCAUAAAAUUGGUGCUCGACAAAUAUUUCCAUGUUGGGAUGAACCAGAAUUAACAGCUACCUUUCGGAUUGCAAUAAAACAUCGUUCAAAACACAUAGUUUUAUCGAAUAUGCCGGUGAAUAAGACAGAUAUAAUUAAUGAUAAAAGAAUGUGGAGCAUCUUCAAAGUUACUCCAAUAAUCUCUACGCAUCUCGUGGCAUUUAUAGUGUUCGAUCCGACCCUUAAAUAUCCCGUACAAGAAAUAUUGUCGCCAUUUCGUUUAGAAUUUGCACAAAAAAUUGCUACAGUAAUUAUAGAUGAUUUAUAUUCCACCUGGAACGUAUCAGAAUAUCUAGAACAAAUGCAGCAUAUUGCAAUUCCUAAUUUUCCAGACAAUGCUAUGGUUAACUGGGGGCUUAAUUUUUACAGCUUAUCCAAUAUUAUCUACGAAGAAAGAAAAGAUCCUGUAAUACGCAAAAUAGAGGUAGCGCGUUUAAUAGCAUGCAAAAUAACACAACAAUGGGGGGGACUUGGUAAUCUGGUCAGCCCAACCUCUGGGCCUUCUCUUUGGUUAAAUGAUGGAAUUUCUAUGUUGCUUGGAAUUCAAGCUCUUGAUAAGAUUUUCCCAGAUUGGCAAAUAAUGGAUUUACUUACAGUUCAAUAUCGAUAUGAAUCUCUUCAUUUGGAUUGCGGUUUUUUAAAGCCCCUAACAUCGAAAAUCACCCACAUCUCUGAAGUUAAUUCAUUUUUUUCAUAUCCCUAUUACGCCAAAGCAUUUACAAUAAUGAACAUGUUGCGAAACAUACUUUCCGAUUUCAUAUUUGAGGAUGGUAUUAAAAUAUACUUUAACACCUAUAAAUAUAAGGCUGCAAGUAUCAAUGAUUUCUGGUCAACUAUGCAAAUUGUUCAAAAUAUAUCGUCAAAUUCUUCAAAUAUAACGCUCAAUGUAUCACGAAUAAUGAAUGCCUGGACAACGCAAUCGCAAUAUCCUGUGUUAAAAAUAAAACAACAUCAUAACGCAACACAGUUCAUAAUAUUGUUAGAAAAUUUUGAUGUACUCCAUCUGAAUGAAUGGUGGAUACCUAUAGUUUUUAGUACUACUGAAGAAUUAUGGGAUCCUACUAUGUUUUAUAAUUAUAUAUGGUUGACUUCCAAUAAAUCGAUGGAAAUUAUAAAACUAAGAUUAAGAGAAAAAAAAAUUAUAGAAAUUUUACUCAACUUAUCACUAAUUGGAUAUUUUCGUGUCAAUUAUGAUGUUCCAAUUUGGAAUAGAAUUAUACGUCUUUUGGUUCCUAAAAAUUUAGAAAAUCCUCGUAAAUAUAUAGCAUUGCCUGCCUUAAUUAAAGCAAACUUAAUCGAUGAUGCGUUCCACUUCGUGAUAGCAGACCAACUCAAACCCGAAAUAUUCUGGAAAAUGUCAAAAUUUCUAACGGCAGAAGAAGAAUACAUAGCAUGGUAUCCCAUGUUCAAAAUUUUUGAAUAUAUAUCAAGAAUACUGCCAAUUAAAUCACACAAAGUCGACAAAAUAAAGGAAAAUGUACAGAUAUUAUUCCUUGUAAUAACUACGAUGGACAUAGAUUUGAAAGAAUAUAGCAAAGAUGUUGAUCUUACUAAGUGUUUAAAGCAAGAGAUUGCAAGAUGGGCAUGUGUUUUCGAUUACGAUACGUGUAUAAAUGGGGCCAAUAAAGAGUUGACAAUGCAUUUGUAUUCGCCUUCUACAAACAGGAUUUUGCCGUGGUGGAAAACAUGGACAUUCUGUCACGGUAUGGGUCACGACUACGGUACGUGGUCAAAUGUAUUACAUUUAUGGCUCGACUCAUUUGAUGCAAAGGAAUCUAGUAGAAUUUUAGAAUUUUUGUGUUGCACUACAAAUGAAGCGGCAAUCAAAUUGAUGCUAAGAAAGGGAGACGAUCCAAAUCUUACUGAAAAACCUACCUUUUCAAGUUUACAAGUUAGAGACCAUAUUAAAGUGUUUUCUUUACUUAUUACAAAGCAUGCACAGAAUUAUAAACUACUUGACUAUAUAUUAUCUAAUUUUGAGAAGCUUAAACCUAGAGAGAUAAGUACAGCUGCAGCAUUAAUUAUUAUUAUUAAUCACAUCUAUUCAAAUAGGUCAAUUACACAGAUACAAAAAUUUGUGUUUUACAACCUGAACGAACUAUAUCUGAAUGUUCAUCAUAAAAUAAUAAUACGUGCAAAUCAAAUUAUGCGUCUACACAAUGAUCUGGACCAUUUAUGGUAGAACAGAAUAAAAUUUGAAUGACCAGCUAGUACGAGACAAUAAAAGAUAACAACUGUGACAAUUAUACAUAUUACGAAAAGUUUUUAUAUAAUU